UCACGCAGCUGUCAUUCGAUAUUACAAACUCACUCUCCUUCAUUAUCUUUCCUUUGUAGACAGCAAAUUAGAGUUUGCAGCUGUCGGAUCUUUCUUUCUCUCUCUCUCUCUCUCUCUCUCUCUCUCUCUUUCUUUCUUUUCUUUCCUUUUUAAUUUAACCUUCCCAGUCCAUUUCUUGUCAAGAAACUUAUCGAGUAAUAACAGCAUCAUAGACUAACUCUUUCUAUCAUUUUCUUUGUCUUAAAACUCUUGCAAUGAUUCUUUUCUGGAUAAUGGAAAUGGAGGCACCCAUAUCAGAGACAAUAUAAUGAGUAGGUUCAAGAAAGGAAUCUGAUAUAAUCCAGAAUUUAUGCAUGAACAGGAACAAGAACAAGAAUAAAGAAUACCCAUCAACUCGUAGUUUGAUGAUUUGCACGCUAUGGCGUAUCCACAUUAUCGAUCUCAGUUCGGUGACACCACGUUUACUAAAGUGUUUGUUGGUGGUUUAGCUUGGGAGACUCCUACUGAAGAAAUGCGUAAAUAUUUUGAACAGUUUGGAGAGAUUCUUGAAGCUGUUAUCAUUACUGAUAAGAAUACAGGAAAAUCUAAAGGAUAUGGGUUUGUUACUUUUCGUGAUCCUGAAUCGGCUAGAAGAGCUUGUGCUGAUCCAAACCCAGUAAUCGAUGGAAGAAGAGCUAAUUGCAAUAUUGCUUCUCUUGGUCGGCCUAGACCUUCACCUCCUCGAGGAAGACCUCAGGGUGGUAGUACCAGUACUAACCAAUACCAAGGAAGUCAAUCAUAUAGUGGAGUGGCAACACCUUUGCCUCCUACUCCACAGCCACCUCCGCUGCCGCCGCCACCACCACCACCUGUUAUCUAUCCACAUUACGGGUACCCAGCCUACACUCCUGACUAUGGAUACCACCAGGCAAUCUAUAACCCACAGGUUCAACAACCUCAAUACUAUCAUCAAUUGUACGGAUCAUCAUCAUCAUCAUCUACAAUGGGCUCACCAUACUAUUAUCAUGGCUACACUUUGCAACCUUUAAGGGGUGCACUUUCUGCCCCUCAGCCUCAGCGUUUACCGGCGACCGGACCACCGUCUUACUUUUACUACCCAAGUAAUACUCUGGAGCCAUACCCUCCUCCACCUAAUUUUCAAUCCACAAGGCAUUCCUUAGUCCCCUCUUCUACUGGUACUGAAGCAUGUGGAUGAGCUGUCUGGUUAUUGGUGUGACCCAAAUAAUGGGUCAAUGUUAAAGAUUCACCGCAGACUCCACAGAAUUCUACUACAGAAACAGAAGCUGGUGUGGUUACUUCAGAAAGUACAAAUCCUUAAAGCUAAAACAAGAAGUCAUAUAAAUAUAUAUAUAAAUGAUUCAGUGACAAAGCUUAAUUUGUUCAAUCUCAGUUAAAUAUUUAUCUUCUAUAUUCUCAGCAUUCGCUAUUAAUUUACUUUUGCUGCAUUAUUAGGUCAGUACUGAGUACUACUACUACUGCUUCAGGGAGGUAAAAUUAUUCAUCUUCUCUCCCCAGCAGAAAGGAUUCAGACUAAUUGCUAUGCUGAUCUUUUUCUUUUCUUUUCUUUUUGGAAAAAAAAAAAAAUUCAACUAUUAUUUUUUUUUCUCCAUGUUAAUUAAUUUGAAUUAAUCAUUCUUGUAAGAUAUAAAAAGCUUAAUUUAUUAACAUCUUUUAUUAAA